AACUCAAAUGGGUCUUCCAAACCCGCAGAAACAGUCUCAAAGAUUCUCUUUUACCCGUCAGCGAAACCCAGCAGGGUUGUACUUUCCGGCAGCUCCACCAUUUCCAGCCGGAACAAGACCUUCCAGCUCGGCUUCUACUCCUCCAACGGCAACGCCUACCUCGCCAUAAUGUACUCCUCAAUCCAGGUCCCCACCGUCGUCUGGGUCGCCAACCGCGACCGCCCGGCCAAGAAUCUCACCUCCGCAAGGCUCGAAAUCACCGCCAUUGACGGCAGACUCGCCGUGAAAGACGCCGACAACUCGACCUUAUGGGCCAGCCAAAACAACGGAAUUAUCGGAGCCGAAAUAGUGCUGUUGGACAACGGGAAUCUCGUGCUGCUCUCACAGUCCGGGAAACUCGCGUGGCAGAGCUUCGAUCACCCGACGGACACGUGGCUUCCGGGUAUGAAUCUUACGGUCGACCGCAGCCUGACCAGCUGGCGGACCGCGGAGGACCCGUCGCCGGGUUUGUAUUCGCUGCGGCUGCGGCCACCGGAUUACGGUGAGUUCGAGCUUGUUUUUAACGGGAGCGUAGAGUAUUGGGGCACCGGGAAAUGGGACGGUGAAGCUUUCGCGAAUGUGCCGGAGAUGACUGUUCCGUAUAUAUACAGGUUCCAUUUUGUGGAUCCGUAUAAGGCGACGGCGGCGUUUUGGUUCACGGAGCGGGCGCUGGAGAGCGGGCAGGACCCGCCGCUGACCAGGUUCCAGAUAGACCAUUCCGGUCAGCUGCGGCAGUACACUUGGGGUUUGAGCGAGACAUGGGACAAGUUCUGGUCGCAGCCUGAUGACAAGUGCAGUGUGGUGGGUUUGUGUGGGAGGUUUGGGGUUUGUGAGAGUGCAGCUUCUACACCGUGUGGGUGUCCGCCGGGGUUUAAGGCGGUGGAUGAGGGUGGUUGGGGAAAUGGGGACUUUUCCGGUGGGUGUGAGAGGUUGAGGGAUGGCGGGUGUGAGGAGAGGGAGGGUGGUUUUGUGGAGGUGAGGGUUGGGAGUUUUGUGGGGAGUUGGUAUAAUAGUACGAUUAUUGGGAGGGAUGGUUGUGAAAGGGCGUGCUUGCAGGUUUGUGAUUGUAUUGGGUUUCAGUAUAAUGAGAGGUCUGGUUCGUGUAAGCAUUAUUUCGGGGUUGUGUCGAAUUUGAGGAAUGUGAGCUUCGAGGGUAGCGGCAGUAUGGACGGUGGUAGUGUUUGGAAUUUGAAGGUAAGGAAAGGUGUGGUUUUGAAGAGCAAGGAGGGUAAGGAGAUGAAUUAUACUGUUUUUAGUGCUAGCGUUGUUGGGUUGGUUGCGGUUUUGGGUUGUGUCAUGGUGGUUGUGUUGAUUAGGAGGAGGAGGAGGAGGAGAAUGAAGAAGAAUGGAGGAGCAGAGGAAGGUGUUUUGCUGCCAGUGUUGAAUUUGAAGGUGUUUUCGUAUAAGGAGCUUCACACUGCAACCUGGGGUUUUAAAGAGAAACUUGGGCAUGGUGGCUUUGGAGGGGUUUUUCUUGGGGAGCUAUCGGAUCUUACUCUUGUUGCAGUGAAAAGGUUGGAAAGGCCAGGCAGCGGAGAGCAGCAAUUCCGGGCAGAAGUAUGCACCAUUGGCAACAUUCAGCAUGUCAAUCUUGUGAGACUUAGAGGCUUCUGCUCAGAAGAUUCUCAUAGACUUCUGGUAUAUGAUUACGUGCCAAAUGGUCCUCUAAGUGCAUAUCUACGACGAGACGGUCCAAAUUUGAGCUGGGAUGUUAGGUAUCGGCUAGCAGUUGGAACGGCAAGAGGUAUUGCAUAUUUACAUGAGGGGUGUAGAGAUUCCAUAAUACAUUGUGAUAUCAAACCAGAAAACAUUUUGCUUGAUAGUGAUUACACAGCAAAGGUGUCAGAUUUUGGGUUAGCGAAGCUAAUUAGGAGAGACUUUAGUGGAGCAUUAGCUGCUGAUGGUCAUCAUGGCUAUACCUAUGGCUAUGUAGCGCCAGAAUGCAGGCCUGGAGAUCCAAUCACCACUAAAGCCGAUGUUUACAGCUAUGGAAAGACAUUGUUAGAGUUACUCGGGGGCCAUCGAAUGUGGGAGGCACCCGCAUCUGUAGUCAGCAGGGAAAGUGGAAAUGAAAUAACAGAUUCUUGGUCCUUCCCUUCGUGGGCGGCACAGCAAAUAAUUGAUGGUAAUGUGGUGGCCGUAAUUGAUGAUAGACUCGGUAGCAAGUAUAACCUUAAGGAGGCAGAGCGUGUUGCAUUGGUCGCUGUGUGGUGCAUACAGGACGAUGAGGCAACAAGGCCUACAAUGGGGAUGGUAGUGACAAUGCUGGAAGGGGUUGUGGAAGUAACUGUUCCUCCAGCACCAAAAUUGUUACAAGCCCUGGUUUCAGGGGAGUCAUUCUGCGGGGUGAAUUCUGAUUCUGGACACGGUACAUCACUUGCCAGUGACGAGUUCUCUGGUUGUAAUACAAGAUUAUCUAGCUGCGGUUCAGAAUCGUCACUUGGUAAUGGCUCUUCCCUAGUGAAUGAGAUUGUCCAUGGAAACCAAAGAAAAGUGACCUUUACUGUCAUCGCUGAUCAUAGCUAAUAGCGUUAUACCAUUUACACGCCAGUUUGCACUUCACAGCAAGUUCCUUUCCCUGUAAAAAAAUUUAGAAAGAGAGAUUCUGUAGAGUAUGAUGUAUAAAGUAUUUUCCCCCAGUCGGAAAAGUUUUACCUCUUUGAAAUGAGAUCAAUUUAUCUGAUCUAAAAUCCGAGUAAUAUUCUUUCCAGUUUGAUCUUGAUUGCUUUCUUUAUUGUAGGGUUUUGGAUCACAUCGAUAUUCCCUCUAGAUCGGCAGAUGAUAUGUCUCAUCAUUUUGCUUUGCCUUUCU